AUGAAGGACGCGGCGCUCAGCCGGCGGGAAAGCGCCUCCGCGCAGCCUCCCGCCUCCGCCGCCAUCUUCCCCGCCUUUCCCGCCGCGCCUCCUCAGCCGCCGCCAUGGCGUGCGCUCCCGUCGCCGGUGCGCCAGGUCCAGAACCAGGACUCGUGCCGCCACCUGGUCAAAUUGGGGCUCUACCCUCUUGUCUACCUGUCAAUGUCUUACUGCUUCGACCAUGAUGAUGUGGCUUGGAAGAAUUUUGCCAAAUAUUUUCUUCCCCAGUCUCAUGAGGAGAGGGAACAUGCUGAGAAACAUGAAGCUGCAGAAGCAAGGAAGUGGUGGAAUCUUCCUUCAGGAUAUCAGGAAACCAGAAAGAGCAGGUUGGGAAUGGAGUGUGCAUUACACACGGGAAAAAGGAUGACUCGGCCACUACUGGAACUGCACAAACUGGCCAUUGACAAAAACGACCCCCACUUGUGUGACUUCGUUGAGACACAUUACCUGGAUGAGCAGGUGAAGUCGCUCAGAGAAUUCAGUGGGUGA